CAGUUCAGUGGUUUUAUUUUCACUUAGCACCGCCCUAUUGGUCCGUAAGAGUUAGGCGCACUUGCAUUAGUUACGCAGGGUGUGAAGCAGAAGGACUGCAGAAGAAGCGCUGAUCUUGUGAAAAUGAGUAUGAAGGCUGUUUGUGUGUUGAAAGGCGCUUCGGAAGUGUCAGGCACGGUGUUUUUCACCCAGCAGGAAAAUGGACCAGUCAAAGUUACAGGAAAAAUUACAGGGUUAAGUCCUGGUCAUCAUGGAUUUCAUGUUCAUGAAUUUGGAGACAACACAAAUGGUUGCGUGAGUGCUGGGGCCCAUUACAAUCCAUUUAACAAAACUCAUGGUGACCGAGAAGAUGACAAUAGACAUGUAGGUGACCUGGGAAAUGUACACGCUAAUGAAAAUGGCGCAGCAGAAUUUGACUUGGAAGACAACAUUAUAACACUUUUUGGACCACAUUCAAUCAUUGGUCGAACUAUGGUGAUUCAUGAGAAAGAAGAUGAUCUGGGAAAAGGACGCAAUGAGGAAAGCUUAAAAACUGGGAAUGCUGGUGGACGCCUGGCCUGUGGAGUUAUUGGAAUUGCUCAGAGUUAAAUCCAUUCUUUCAGUCUAACUAGUGCAGUAAAAAUUGUUACAUAAAAAAAUUGCAUUUGUUGAAAGUUAAAAAUGUUUGAUUUCUGUGUAAUUUCCUUUACACAAGUCAAAGUAUGCUAAAUAAACAUGAAAAUAACCUUG